AUGGCAGGUACUAUCGACUUUGUCCAGCGAGAUGUGGCUUGGCAGUACUUUGCGCACUCGUUUAGACGCCCUACAACUCGGUUUUAUUACCACGCAGAGACAAACCAGUCUUCAGGUCUUGUAUGUGACGAUACAAUCGUAGAAAGCUUCGGCGAGGAGCAUCGCUUUGGGAAAGUUCUCUUCGACUUAAAAGUCAAGCAGAUUGUUCCUCUCUUACACCCGGAAACGUUUAAGAACGAGAGUCUGCACGGAAUUCAGUUCAAAGAGAAAGGCGCUCUCUUGGUACACGACAUGACAGAGUUCUUACUGGAAGGAUGUCGACCCGAACGGGCCGUUGAGAAUUUGGAGCGAGCAUUACGUGCACAAUCGAGUCAACAAUUAUACCCGUGUUAG